CGUUGGCAGUCACACUGGAGAAACGGAACGAAGCGGACGCAGUGCGAACGAUACAGAUACUUUUCGGGGAAGCGAUACUUCUUCGGAUUCGUGCGUGGUUUCGUUGCGUCGAGUGAAAUUGCACAAAUUAGUGGAAGUGCACACUGUCGAAUGGAAAUAGUGCAGUGCCAUCGCAGAUCGAAAAGUGCAAUCAAUUAGUGUUUGCUAGUGUGAGUGUGUAUGUGCCAGCCAAACGGUUGAGAUAACGUGAAAACGGGGAAAAUAUCUUUCAAAGCAAAACUAAAAUAUGCUUAAACUACGGUUUAGCCAAAUUGCCAACUAGCCAAAAGUAACGAGCACACCGAAACCAAAAAAAAAAGCCAGCAAACCAAAAUAGAGAAAACAAUCGGAGGUCCACGCCAACUAGGACUCUGCCCCACCUCGAGCUUCCAAUGGGUCAUCACCUUAGCAAGUUCUCAGCACGCGCCAAUAGCCAGGAAAAGAGAAAUCCUACCGCCAGCUCGAGCCCCAGGGAAGCAGCAGCACUAGUAGAGACGAUCAGCCUGGACGAGGAGGAGCUGCAGGUGGAAGAGAUCCUCACAGAGGCCACUGUCUCAGCCGCCACAUCGCCGGCGGAAGUGCGUCAGAUCAUCAUCAAAAUCCAGCUGGCCAAAAUGGAGAACGGCAAUCCGGUGGCCGCUGGUCAGGUGGAAAGUUUCGCCGAGGUGGUGGAACAGGAGGAGGAGCAGCAGCGGCAAUGCGCAGAUGGUGCCACCGACGACGACGCCGCCGCCCUGUCUGCGGAUUCGCUGAAUGCAAAUGGGCAGAUUGUGAAUGUGACGCUGGAGGGCGGCUACGGCGAGGUGGGCGUGGUGACAAAUCGAACUGCUGGCAGUUCGCCGGAAGCGGCCAAAACCGAACGACAGCCCGUGAAUAACAACGGUUUAGCGGGAAGCGUCGGCGCUGCGAUAAGUACGUUACAACUGCACGACAACCAUGGCGGCAACGCCAACUGCCCCUUGGAAGCCGACGACGAUGACGACCUGGAUGAGUCGCUGUUGCGUCGGCGUCGCAGCAACAGCAACAGCCGCAGCAACAUCCACCACCACCACCACCACCACCAGCAGCAGCAGCAGCAGCAGCACGAGGCCGAAGUCGUCGAGUAUUGCGAAGUGCUCGAGUCGCUGCCAGUCAGCAAUAUGUUGUCGGCGGGAACGCAACACAGCAGCAAGCCAGUUUCCAGAAGCAAUAAUAGCAACAGUUGCUGCCGCAGUCGCAGCAGUAAAGCACUUUCAAUGGGAGCAGCAACAUCCUCCGCCUCCGGAUCCGCAUCCACAUCCGUGUCCACAUCCACAUCCUCGAAGCGACGAUGCUGCAAGUGCAAGUGCCGCGACGCCAUCCGAGGAUUAAGGGAUAUGCUGCCGAGCAGCAGCAGUUCCGUGAGCAAUAAAAAGGAUGCCGCUGCGGUGGUGGCGAUGGUUCCGAGGAAAUCCCGGACAGCUGACCGCCGCUCCACACCGCCCACGCUGGGCACAUCGAGUGGUGGCUCACAGCGCCGGAUGCAGAGCCAAAGGAUACGAAAUUCCGUCGCCGUUCCGGACGCCAGCCAUCACCAUCAUCAGCUCAUCAUUCGGAUCACAUCGCCGGGCUUCGUGGUCGAGUCGCCCAAUGGCGGCCGCGUAACUGUGGUCACCGAGCCCGCCCCCCAGUCGCCCCAGACUCCGCCCCGGCCACGUCCCCUGGCCACGGUCGCCCCCGCCGGAGGGGCUGGCCAUGCCGGAAUCGGAGCCGCCCGCAACAUGACCGUGCACUCGCAAAUCGACUUCAUGCACUGCCUGGUUCCCGAUCUCGAGAAGAUCACGAACAGCAGCUUCUACUGGGGCAAGAUGGACCGCUACGAGGCGGAGCACCUGCUCGAGGGCAAGCCGGAGGGCACGUUCCUGCUGCGCGACUCCGCCCAGGAGGAGUUCCUCUUCUCGGUCACAUUCCGGAAGUACGGCAGGUCACUGCACGCUCGCAUCGAGCAGAGCGGUCACAAGUUCAGCUUCGACUGCCACGAUCCGUGUGUGUUCACGGCGCCCACGGUGACAGGACUUUUGGAGCACUACAAGGACCCCGCCUGCGUGAUGUUCUUCGAGCCCUGCCUGACGAUACCCCUGCACAGAAGGCAGACCUUCUCCCUGCAGCAGCUCUCCCGGGCGACCAUUGUGUCCAACACCAGCUACGACGGGAUCAACCAGAUGGAGCUGCCCGGUCGGCUGAAGAGCUACCUUAAGGAGUAUCACUACAAGCAGAAGCUGCGCGUCAAGCCCAUCGACCAGAACACCCCGAUGCCGUACUACGGCAAUGUAUAGCGGGAGGAGCAGCAGGUGGGCUUCACCUACUACGAGGACGUGGAGAGCGGCAGCGAGGUGGACGAGGACGACGACGAGGGGGUCAACAUACGGGUCUCCUACGUUCAGCACGCCGAGGUGGUGGCCCAGCUGCAGCAGGUCACCACGGCGUCGGGCCCAUCGGCUCCGUCCUCAUCCAGAUCGUCCAAUCUUCAGGAGCACCUCAGCAGGCUGCCCAACCGCAUGGCAGCCGCCUUUGGUCGGAUGUCGGCCAAUCUGAAUUGCUACCAGAAGACUGUCGCCACGCCGGAGCGUCACUCCAACUCCUCCUGAGGAUCAGGACGUGGACGGAGGGGCAAACAGAACCCAGAAACCAAAACUCAAACUGAGACAAUCCCAGUGCAGCGUGUGCCGCCACCAUAAGUUAAAAGAUCAAACGCGAAGCCACAUAACAAAAUCGCUAGCUCGCUACUACAAGACUGUCAUGGAUCAAAAACCAAAUGUUCACCAUAUAUAUCUCACCUAUUGGAAUGCAGCUCGGACGGAUUUUUGAGUUGUGGCACUCUUGAAAGCGAGCUGGUAGAAUGUAGAAUCGAAAUCGCAGUUAGCUAAUUGUACUAUAAACUAAGUAUUAUUAUCUAAAGCAACCCUCUCUCCUACACACAUAAGUAUUGCAAAAAGAAGGGCCAAUCGAGCUUUUCGUAAUCGCUGGUAUUCUUGUAAUAUUUCAUUGUAUUUAUUUGAAGUAUGGAAUCUAAAUGAUGUGUUACUGUUACGUGUAAAUACGAGAUACGAAUGCAGCUUAGUUAGUGUAAAACUCUCUCAUUAGCCAAAUUUCCAAAUGUAAUUUUCGCCUAUUUAUGAAUAUACUUUAUUUAUUUAUUCGAAGUGAUUUCGUUCGCAAGCGAGUGCUUUGUUUAAAAAGAAAAAACCCGUCAGUUGUACACGUGUAGAGCAUUUGUAAAUACUACCGAUUUUCGCAUUAAGCUGUAGCUAUAUUAAUAUAAUGAAUUAUAAAUCAUGUAUUCCUACCUAGGUGGUUGCUGUUAUUCGUAAACAUUCAAUAAGCAGUUGUUUCCAAUACCUAUUUAAUGUAUUUUACAUAUCUCACAUGUUGAUGAGCAUGCGUAUCAAUAUUCAAAAACAAAAUCGAAAAAAGAGUCAAACAAAUAAAGUUGAUCAAGAUAUUAG